GGGAAAUUAAAAAAAAAAGAUGGGAAUAUUGCCAGAUACUGAUCCACAAUAUAGACAAGUUUUAAACUUCAACGAAUCUGAUGUGACAAUUGUCAAUCUCUGUUGUUUAUAACAUGUUUCUCAAAGUCAGGAUCAGACACCACUUCUCAUGUAUAAAUACACACAACACCAAUUGGAUUUGGUAAAACGGAAUCUCAAAAGUGUGUGUGAGAGAGAGAGAGAGAGAGAGAAUGGGCAAAGGAAGAGCACCAUGUUGUGACAAAAGCAAAGUAAAGAGAGGACCAUGGAGCCAAGAUGAAGACUUCAAACUCAUCUCUUUCAUUCACAAGUAUGGUCAUGAGAACUGGAGAUCUCUCCCAAAGCAAGCUGGAUUGUUGAGGUGUGGCAAGAGUUGUCGUCUACGAUGGAUUAAUUACCUCAGACCUGAUGUGAAACGUGGCAAUUUCACCGCAGAGGAAGAAGAAACCAUCAUUAAACUUCACCAGAGCUUUGGUAACAAGUGGUCGAAGAUUGCUUCUAAACUUCCGGGAAGAACAGACAAUGAGAUCAAGAAUGUGUGGCAUACACAUCUCAAGAAAAGAUUGAGCUCAAAAACUAACCUUAAUGUCGAUGAAGCGGCUUCAAAAGGUUCUUUGAAUGAAGAAGAGAACUCUCAAGAGUCAUCUCCAAAUGCUUCAAUGUCUUUUGCUGGUUCCAACAUUUCAAGCAAAGACGAUGAUGCACAGAUAAGUCAAAAAACGUUUGAGCAUAUUCUAACUUUUAGCGACUUUACGGAGAUGCUACAAGAGGUAGACAAACCAGAGCUCCUGGAGAUGACUUUUGAUAUAGAUCCAGACAUCUGGAGUUUCAUAGAUGGUUCAGACUCAUCAUUCCAACAACCUGAGAACAGAGCUCUUCAAGAGUCUGAAGAAGAUGAAGUUGAUAAAUGGUUCAAGCACCUGGAAUGCGAACUCGGGUUAGAAGAAAACGAUAACCAACAACAACAACAACAGCAUAAACAGGGAACAGAAGAUGAAAAUUCAUCAUCACUCUUGGAGAGUUACGAGCUCCUGAUACAUUAAUGAAGCCAUAAAGCAAAAGACAUUUUCACCUUAAAAACGAAAUUAUUAUCCUCAUGAAAAUCUACAAUAGAGCUAAAUUCUUGGCAUCUUUAGUAGAUAGGCGCAUAUAAUAGCAAUCGAAGAAACGUCAAAAUGUAGAUAUUACAGAGUUGAAAGAUUGUAUUUGCAAAUGAUUGCUUUGUAGUGAAACCAAGUUAUCGCAAGCAAACAACCAUCUAGAAAUGGAAAGCUGACAGUUAUAAGAAA